AUGUGUGGAAUUAUUGUGGGAGAGGUAGAGUACUUGCGUGAGUGCGCUGCGAAAGUGGGAAAACAUAUUGAUUUUUGCUGUCAUUUUAAGAGAGGAGAUGUUGAACAUAGUAGCAGCCCUACUUAUGAAUACGUGAAGUUCAUCAUCACAGUCAAAGAUAUUUCAAGUGAGCCUUUGGUGCUCUUCAGUAGCUUCUUCCCCAGUCACACCUAUGCUGAAUCGUUUCCUACAUAUCUUCCUUUGGAGGAUCGGUUUUAUAUGGUGGGGUCCAUUUGUCUCUUCAAGCCUCAGACCCUACAGGAACUUUGUGCUGUCAAUAAAACUGAGGAUGAGGUUAUGCUGAUACAAGAAGACUCAAAUGAAGAACAUGUAUAUCCAGAGUACAGAAUAACCAACCAGUCCACCACUAAUAGAGCUUGAGAGGUGGAAGAUAGAUUUAGGAAAAUUAACCACAGCUCCCCUGAACCCUAGUCUAAGCAGACAGGCAGAGUACUAGUGCCUUCCAGAUCAUCUUUUUCCAGUAGCAGCUCUGAGUCUAUGCAUCCUGCUCUUAGAGACCCAGCUGAGCCACAGGUUCUUGUGAGGACAAUGUCUUAUUCUCCUCUUCUGUUCCUUUGAGAUUCUUCACUGCAAGGCAGUGGAUAGAAAAAUAUCCAAGCAUGUCAGAGAAACUCCACCAGCAGUAUUGAGCCCAGGCUGCUAUGGGAGAGAGUGGAGAAGCUGGUGCCCAGGUCUGGUAGUGGCAGUUCCUUGGGGUCCAGCAACUCAGGAUCCCAACCUGUGUCCCAUCCGGGGUCUCAGAGUGUCUCAGGGGAGCGCUUCAGAGUGGGUUCAUCACCCAAAUCUGAAGGCUCUUCAUCUCAGUGCCUUGAAAAUGCAGUGAAAAAAAUGUGAAGAUUAGAAGUUUUUAGACCUCUCAAGCCUGCUGAUUAGACUGCAUUGGCCAAAGAACUUCAAGCAGUGGAAGAUGUGUGACCUUCCAAGUGACACCAAGUGACACAUGACUACUCAUCCAGUGAGGGGUCAGGGACAAUAGAUGAGGAAGACGAUGAUGUAGAAUAAGAAGGGGCUGAGGAACCCACCUCUGCUGAGGACACCAGAGCAGCAUCUCUGAAUUUGAGCAAUGGUGAAACAGAAUCCGUGAAAACUGUGAUUGUCUAUGAUGCUGUAGAAAGUGAACGAGUCAUGGCCCUAUCCAAGGAGGGCACUCCUGUCAUCCACUAGACUCAGUCCACCAGUAACACAUUCCAGAAACACAAGUCUUCUUCCUUCUUUACACUUUUUGUAGACACCGGAUUGCUACAGAUUUCUCCAUCUGGUGGGACAGCAGUGACUUCUGUGGUGGGAUUUUCCUGUGAUGGACUAAGACCAGAAAAUAGGCAAGAUCCUACCUGGAAGGGCUCAGUGGUCAGUGUGAAUGCCAUGAACACUAGACCACAGAGUGGCACUCCAGAGAUUCAAAAAUAUAAGAAGAGCUUUAAUCCUGAGAUUCUGUGUGCUGUCUUAUGGGGAGUGAAUUUUUUAGUAGGCAUAGAAAGUGGCCUGAUGCUUGAAUUACUUCACAAUGAUCCAGAAAUUGAGAAAAAGCAAGGAUGGACAACUGGGGGGGGGGAUUUGGAAGGAUGUGUAUACUAUGAAGUUGUAAAAUAUGAAAGAACAAAUUUCUGUAAUUUGCAGAGUUCUGUGAAGGUCUAUGCAUGGACACACAAGCCAUAUCACAGAUUUAUAGCCUUUGAGUCAUUUGGAGAAUUGGUACCUAAGCCAUUACUGGUGGAUCUCGCUGUUGGGGAAGGCCAGAGGUUGAAAGUGAUCUGUGGAUCCUGGGCUGGAUUCCAUGCCACUGAUGUGGAUUCAGGAGAGGUCUAUGAUAUUUAUCAACCAACACACAUAAGAAAGAACCCGACUCUGAUCCAGUGUAGCCUCAAACCCUAUGCAAUCAUCAUACUCCCCAACACAGAUGGCAUGGAGCUUCUGGUAUGCUAAGAUGAAAGGGUUUAUGUGAAUACCUAUGGAAAAAUCCCCAAAGAUGUGGUUCUGAAGUGGGGAGAGAUGCCAACAUCUGUAGCGUAUAUUCAAUCCUGUCAGACAUUAGGCUGGGGAGAAAAGGCCAUAGAGCUCCUUUCUGUGGAAACUGGUCACUUGGAUGGUAUGUGUAUGCACAAAAGGGCUCAAAGACUAAAAUUCUUAUGUGAAUGCAAGGACAAGGUCUUCUUUGCCUCCGUUCCAUCUGGAGGCAGCCACAGGGUUUAUUUCAUGAUAUGA